AUGAAGCUGGUUGUGGUAAUUUUGCUUGCAUUGUCGUCUUUCGUUACAGCACAAUGGGAUCCCCAAUGGCUUUCAAGUCGAAGUGCAAUGGUUCAUUUAUUCGAAUGGAAAUGGUCAGACAUUGCUCGUGAAUGUGAGAAUUAUUUGGCACCUAAUGGCUUUGGUGGAGUUCAAAUUUCACCUCCUACAGAAAACACUGCGAUUGUCUUAGAUUGGUUGAGCACAAAACGUCCUUGGUGGGAGAGAUAUCAGCCAAUUUCAUACAAACUUGAAACAAGGUCUGGAAAUGAAGCUGCUUUUGCUGACAUGACUCGUCGUUGUAAUGCUGUUGGUGUAAGAAUUUAUCCUGACAUUUUAUUAAAUCAUAUGUCGGCAACAUCAGGACCAGGAACAGGAUCGUCAGUUGGAUCAGCAAAUUCAUCUUAUCUUAACUUCCCAAGUGUUCCAUUUACGACAGAACAUUUCAAUCCUUACUGUUCGUUAGAUUGGAACAGCCAAACAAGUAUCCGCGAUUGUUGGCUUAUUGGACUUCCCGACCUUAACUUGAAGCAUCAACACGUUAGAGACAAACAAGUUGAACUUUUGAAUCAUUUGAUUGACUUGGGUGUAGCUGGGUUUAGAUUUGAUGCAAUGAAGCAUAUGUGGCCAGAAGAUCUUGAAUACAUUUUGAGUAGAAUGAAGAAUUUAAAUGUGAAUUACGGAUUUGCUGCCAACACGAGGCCAUUCGUUGUCGGGGAAGUUAUACAAGGAGAUGGAAUUGUUUACUCACAUUAUACACACUUAGGUGCCGUAACUGUAUUUGAAGCAUCAAGGACACUCGGACAAUCAAUUCGUGGACAUGCAAGCGUUAAUGAAUUAAAAGAUUUUGGAAGAUGGUAUGGUGCAGCUUCACAUGAAUCAUUAAUAUUUGUUGAUAAUCAUGACAAUCAACGAGAUGGUGGACUUCCAUUGACAAACCACAACGAACCUCGAAUCUAUAAAGCCGCAACUGCAUUCAAUCUUGCUUUCGAUUUUGGAAUUCCACGUUUAAUGAGUUCAUUCUAUUUCACACAUCGCGAUCAAGGUCCACCAACUGACGGAAAUCUCAACAUUAUUUCACCAUCAUUUGACUCCAAUGGUCAAUGUAACAAUGGUUGGGUUUGUGAGCAUCGAUGGCCGGCAAUAAGAAACAUGAUCGCAUUCAGAAAUGCUGUCAAAGGUACAAGUGUUGAACACUGGUGGGAUGGUUGGAGUCAAAUAGGUUUCGCACGUGGAAAUCGAGGAUAUUUCGUUCUUAAUUCUCGUGAUAACGGUGAUGGAUUGUAUGAAAGACUUUACACUGGAUUAUCUGCUGGAACUUAUUGCGAUAUGGCAACAGGCGAAAAAGUUGGCAACAGUUGUACAGGAAAGAGUGUCGUCGUUGGUGGUGAUGGCUAUGCACAGUUUGAUUUAGAAAGAGGUUCUCAAGAACAGUUCAUGGCAAUUCAUGUUGAUGCCCGAUUAUAGAAGUCUUAAAAUGCUAAGUCAUAAACAUUAAAGUAUGCAAUAAAAGAAAUCUUAUCGAAGCUUAUCAAAAUUAUUUUGUUGAUUCAACCGUAUGUGAGCCAAAAGCGAUUGAAAACAGAAAAAAAUAUCAAAAUAAAAGAAAUAUUUUACAAUCUAAUC